AUGACUGCGAUGCGGGGACGAAUGCGUAAGGAGAUUGCGAUGCUAGAGAGAGACCCGCCCUUUGGUGUCAGUGCGUGGCCGAAAGAUGACAAGAUCGACCUCCUCGAAGCUCAAAUUUUGGGUCCGGAUGGGUCUCCGUAUGAGAAGGGCGUGUUCCAAUUGGAGAUUGAAAUUCCGGAACGAUAUCCCUUUGAACCGCCCAAAGUGCGCUUUGUAACGCCAAUCUAUCACCCGAACAUUGACGACGCCGGUCGGAUCUGCCUUGACACGCUCAAAAUGCAGCCAAAGGGUUCUUGGCUGCCAUCGGUCAACAUUAGUACGUUGCUGACGACUAUUCGAUUGCUAAUGGCGGAACCCAAUGCAGAUGAUGGACUGAUGCCGGACAUUGCUGAUAUAUUCAAACACAAUCGCGAGAUGUUUAACAAGAAAGCAACGGAGCUGACUGCGCAGCAUGCUCGAACCACGCAAGUCCGACAGUCGAAUCCCUUGAUCGAAGCAAAUGUAUCUGAAGGUGACAAUGUAGUAGAUGAUGAAGCUGACCUUGCUACUCAGGAUACGCAGGGAGCAGAAGCUCUGCAAACCAGAGAAUCGGUAUCCUCUGACGACUCAUUUAGCGACGGCAUUUCAUCUAGCGAAGAAGAGUCUGAUGACUCAGCAGCCGAUGGAAACAAUAUCGACGACGAGAAUGACUUCGAUCAGCCCGCGAAACGAAGACGUCACGAGUAG